UUGCAGUGGCUUUGUUGUUCAUCCUAAAAGGUGUGUAGUUGUUCAUGGCUUGGUCAGUUCUGUUUUGCUUUCUCUGAGCUGGGUGAGAUUGGGGAUGGGGGCCCAUCUCCAGCUGCAGAGGGACACUGAGGUGGCCAGGGCUGCCCUUUCCUCACCGUGUCCCUCCAGACUGGCGGGCAGGUGCUGGCUAGGUGACAACAAAUGGUCCUCCUUGCUGUGCUGUGCUGCAGCUGACACGGUGACUGGCUUGGUGAAUCAUAAGUGAAUGCUGCUGAGAGCUGAGCUUUUUGCAGACACCACAGCAUUAGCCCUGCUCCUUGGACAAGCUCCAGCCUGGGCGAUUCCAUUUGGACACUUUAAAUGCUCCCUGUCGCCUUUGCAGGCACAAGGCUCUGCUCUUCUGCCUGCGAGCUCUUGGAGACUUGUUGGGGACUGUAAAACAGCUGCUGCUUUCACUCCCUGGCUGUUUUCUUGCUGGGUUGCCUGUAGAGCCUGACUGCAGGACUGUGAAAGAGGCUCUGUUAACACCAGGCAGUUGAUUUGCCAGUAAAGGUUGGCUUUAUUUUUCCCAUCAGCUCUACUCUGUUGGCUGCCAAGGGCUGAUGUGGGACACAGGUGAAGUCAUAUUGGUUUUGGAGUCUUAAAAAUUACCAGCUUAACUAGAGUGAUGGUUCUUAAGGAUAUGGCUAUAAUUAGGUCAAGCUGUCUUGUUUGUUGAAUUCCCAUUCAGCUCCCAAACUUGGUAGUGGAAAUGAACUUGGGGCCUUUUUUAGGGUUGCUGUUCAUCUCCGUUGGCAGAGAGCAUUUGGGAGACGGCUCUUUUGCUCCUCUCCUCGCUGCCAGGACCGUGGGCAAAGCAGAGCGUUGUUGUGUCUCCCCGCCAGGGGCUGCUGAGCUGCCAUGGGGAACACCACCAGCGAGCGGGUGUCUGGGGAGCGCCAUGGCUCCAAGUCCCACCGCUCGGACGGCUCCGGUGCCUCCCACCCCGCCAAGGAGCACCCGCACAAGAUCAUGGUGGGCAGCACCGACGACCCCAGCGUUUUCAGCUCCCAUGACUCCAAGAUUCCUGGGGACAAGGAGUUUGUGUCAUGGCAGCCAGAUCUGGAGGAGUCAGUGAAGCCAUCCCAACAGGCUCGUCCAACUGUCAUACGCUGGGCUGAUGGAGGCAAGGAGGUCUUCAUCUCCGGAUCCUUCAACAACUGGAGCACCAAGAUCCCACUCAUCAAGAGCCACAAUGACUUUGUUGCUAUCCUGGACCUUCCAGAAGGAGAGCACCAGUACAAAUUUUUUGUGGAUGGCCAGUGGGUUCACGAUCCAUCUGAGCCUGUGGUUACCAGCCAGAUGGGGACGAUAAACAACCUCAUCCACGUCAAGAAGUCUGACUUCGAGGUGUUUGAUGCGUUGAAGGUGGAUUCCCUGGAAAGCUCAGAAACCUCAGGUCGGGAUUUGUCCAGCUCCCCACCGGGACCUUAUGGCCAGGAGAUGUACGUAUACCGGCCCGAGGAGCGCUUCAAAUCCCCACCCAUCCUCCCGCCUCACCUCCUCCAGGUCAUCCUCAACAAGGACACCAACAUCUCGUGUGACCCAGCACUGCUGCCCGAGCCCAACCACGUCAUGCUCAAUCACCUCUACGCGCUCUCCAUCAAGGAUGGCGUGAUGGUGCUCAGUGCCACGCACCGCUACAAGAAGAAGUACGUCACCACGCUGCUGUACAAGCCCAUCUGAGCGGGGCCUCACGCGCUCCCCACGCAGGACACCAAAUGCCGCUUGUCUGCACACACUGGGCCACGGGACUGUGUGACAACUGGCCACUGGCUCCAGCCUCCAGCCUGGCAGGGACACGGGCCCCGGCAACAAGCUCAGGGCUACUGGGGCCUGUGACACUGUCCCAUCCUACUGGCGUGGUUCAGCCCUUGGUUUCCACCCACCUGCAGCUUCCCUUGGCUUCUGUGAGUCUCUGGGACCACUUUGCUGCUCACCAGAACAGCCCUUCCUCACGCCCAACACGAAAAGGGCUUCACCCUGCCUGUCUUCUGCAGCCUGUGAGGGCCUCAAGGUGGUCCUGGCACUGCACCCAGUCCAGGCUCCAGGACACAUCCUGUUCUUUUGAAGGUUGUGGUACUGCCCUGGUGCUGAAUCUCCAAGGCCACCUUGUCUGCUAGGGACUCUGUGACACUCCAGCCUGACACCCGCCCCCUGUUCCACAGCCCUGGCUGUGGGGCUGCCCCCCAGCUUUUUUGAGCCUCUGUGAGGUUCAGCGUCAAUCCAGCACGAUGGACAGUACAGCUGGACACAGCCACUCUUACCUGCUGCUGUGAGAGCACCAUCAAGGACUGCAACACCCUGUCCCCAGUAUCAGCUGCUUCUGUGGGACAGGGUUGACUUUGUCACAGCCAGAGGGGCACUGGCACUUGCCCUGGGAAGAGCAGAGCCGGGCAGGCACUCCAGGACCCUGGCUGCACCGCCUGCUGCCACAGCAGUGCCAUGGGACAGGGGGUUCUCUAUUUAUUACAGUAUUUAUUGUUCUCGG